CGUCUCUGUUCGUCUCUACCUCUCCCCCCUCCUUUCAUAAUUGUCAAUCUGUCAAGUUGAGUAAACUCAAUAAAAUCGAAUUUUAUUUAUAUUUUGAAUUAGUUUCUACAGAGGAAAUAAUAAAUUAUGUUUAACUUUACAUCAAAGACAUAGAAAAGGGCCAUUAGUAAUAUAUUGGUACGGGUUUAAAGUAUAAUUGAAUUAUAAAAUGGUAUCGAACAAGAUGCAGUCGUCAUUGGACGAUUUAGUUCAAUAUACACAGCUUUUCAAGCCGGUGCCGACUGUUCUACAAGGGACUGUGCUGCCUUUUUUGAUAAUAUACCCAAUUGUGUUUUAUUCGUGGAUCGUUGUGUAUGGAUUCGAGGAAAAUGUGGAGGCUGGGUUCGUCAGUGUUGCGGUCGUUGCAGCAAUACAAAUACUCGUUUGUCUGUGUUGCUACUGGAGCGUACACAUUCAAUGCUUCUUGUCGUGUUCUUCUGUUAAAGACCCAAUCCAGGCGGAGAUAGUCAAAGUAGUGCCUACAUCGAAUAAUGGAUUCUCUGAAAUUGUUAAGCUGCAUCACACUAAGUCAACUACAAAAGGCAGUAUACAUCCAGAUGUGUGGUUUAUAUUUCAAAAAAGCAAGUACAUUUAUGAUUGGGACAAGAAAACUUUCCAUACCAUUGAGUUCCCAAUUAACAAGACUUAUGAGGAGUACAUGGAAUCCAAGGGAUAUUUGGAUGAUGAAGCCAUUGAUAUUGCUGAAAAAGAGUUUGGAAAGAAUGAAAUGAUCAUGGUUGUCCCUGAGUUCAUGGAACUGUUCAAAGAACGAGCAACAGCUCCAUUUUUUGUGUUCCAAGUAUUUUGCGUCGCAUUGUGGUGCCUAGACAAGUACUGGUACUACUCCAUAUUCACCUUAGUGAUGCUUGUCAUGUUUGAGUGCACCUUAGUACAGCAACAACUAAGAAACAUGGCCGAAAUCCGCAAGAUGGGGAACAAACCUUACAAUAUUAAUGUCUACAGAAACAGAAGAUGGCGUCAAAUAAUGAGCGAUCAGCUUUUACCAGGCGAUGUUGUUUCUCUCAUACGCUCCACUAACGAGAACCUAGUACCUUGUGACAUUGUCCUCCUCAGGGGCUCCUGUAUAGUUGACGAGUCCAUGUUAACUGGUGAAAGUGUCCCCCAAAUGAAGGAGGCUGUGGAUAAUGAGAAGAAUUUGAAACAGCAGCUAGACCCCGAGGGCGAAGGCAAACUGCACAUGCUUUUUGGUGGCACUAAGAUCGUACAACAUUCGUCGCCUAACAAAAGCUCUUCGUCAGCACUCAAGGCGCCCGACAAUGGUUGCAUCGGAUAUGUCAUCCGCAACGGUUUUAAUACAUCACAAGGCAAACUUCUAAGAACUAUUUUAUUUGGUGUGAAGAGAGUUACAGCAAACAAUCUGGAGACAUUCGGAUUCAUUCUUUUCUUGCUGAUCUUCGCAAUUGCCGCCGCAGCAUAUGUUUGGAUCAAGGGCUGUGAGGAUCCAGAGAGGAACAGAUACAAACUGUUUUUAGAAUGCACAUUGAUUUUGACCUCAGUUGUACCACCAGAGCUGCCUAUAGAGUUGUCACUAGCUGUGAACACGUCACUAUUAUCAUUGUCCAAGUUAGCAGUAUUUUGUACAGAACCUUUCAGGAUACCAUUUGCAGGAAAAGUAGAAAUUUGCUGUUUUGAUAAGACUGGUACACUUACGAGUGAUAAUUUAGUUGUAGAAGGUGUGGCCGGUAUAGAGGACCACAAAGAUGCUACAGUCAUUCCAUUAUCUCAAGCACCGAUGGAGACUAUACAAGUGCUAGCCUCGUGUCAUUCUCUGGUGCAACUGGACGAUGGCGUGGUUGGAGACCCGUUGGAGAAAGCGACUCUGAAAGCUGCAGAGUGGAACCUGACCAAAGGCGAUGCUGUUGUGCCAAAGAAAGGAAAGUCACCUGGCCUGAAGAUAGUUCACAGAAAUCACUUCUCAAGUGCCCUUAAACGAAUGUCAGUGAUAGCAGGCUACCAAGUCAAUGAGCGAGGGUUCAUGGAAACUCAUUACAUAAGUAGCGUGAAGGGUGCGCCUGAAACCGUGAAGACCAUGCUCAAAGAGGUUCCUAGUCACUACGACCACGUCUACCUAACUCUGUCGCGGCGAGGGGCUCGAGUGCUGGCGUUAGGUUAUAGGAAUUUAGGCAAAUUAAGUUCUCAACAAAUUAGGGACAUGUCCCGCGAAGAUAUAGAAUCUGAUUUGACAUUUGUUGGCUUUGUUAUUAUUUCGUGUCCUUUAAAGAGUGACUCUAAGAAAGCGAUAUCAGAAAUUGUGAAUGCUUCUCAUUCUGUGGUGAUGAUAACUGGGGAUAAUCCUUUGACAGCGUGUCACGUGGCGAAGGAGUUGAAGUUUACUCAAAAAGAGGAGGUUCUGAUAUUGACUGAGAAUGAGAGUAAGUGGGGUUGGACAUCGAUAGACGAGGAAGUGAAUCUACCCGUGAAUCCGUUCAAGACGUCCAAACAGUUGACUUCGAAGUUUGAUUUGUGUAUAACGGGAGAGGGUUUGACGUUCCUAAAUGAGAAUCAUCACAAAUUCCUGUUGGAGCUGAUGCCGCACAUCAAGGUGUUCGCUAGGUUCGCGCCGAAGCAGAAGGAGUUUGUCGUGGUGACGCUGAAGUCGCUCGGCUACGUGACGCUCAUGUGUGGUGACGGUACAAACGACGUGGGAGCACUGAAACAUGCUGAUGUAGGCGUAGCAAUCCUGGCGAAUGCGCCAGAGCGGCCGCGAGAGAAGCCACGGGAAGAGCGAGCGCUUGAAGAAGCUCCGCGGCGGAACACGAGCCGGACCGACGCACGCGCAGAGGCGGCCGCGCGCCUGCGCAGAGCCAUGCGCGAGCUCGAAGAGGAAGACAUGCAACUCGUGCGCCUCGGUGACGCUAGUGUCGCUGCACCAUUCACUAGUCGACUUUCUAGCAUAUUUUGCAUUUGUCACAUAAUCAAGCAAGGCCGGUGUACACUGGUGACGACGCUGCAAAUGUUCAAGAUCCUGGCUCUGAACGCUCUCAUCCUGGCGUACAGUCAGUCUGUGCUGUACCUCGACGGCAUCAAGUUCAGUGACACACAGGCCACGCUGCAGAGUCUGUUGCUGGCAUCCUGCUUCUUAUUUAUAUCCAGAUCUAAGCCACUAAAACAACUGUCGAAACAGCGUCCGCUCCCGAACAUCUUCAACGUAUACACCAUAAUGACGGUGCUCACACAGUUUGCGGUACAUUUCCUCUGCCUCAUAUACUUGGUGCACGAAGCGACAGCUCGGUCGCCUGGAAGGGAUAACAAACCAAAGUUGGAUAUGGAUUUGGCGGAAGACGAAGAACGAGAGUUUGCACCGGACUUACUGAACAGUACCGUUUACAUCAUCUCUAUGUCGCUACAGAUAUCUACGUUCGCUAUCAACUACAGAGGAGAACCAUUCAUGGAAGGGCUGCGCGACAACAAGCCCCUGCUGUACAGUAUCAUGAUAUCGGGCGGCGCCGUGCUCGCGCUCGCCGCCGGCAUCUUCCCCGACCUCUCCAACAUGUUCGAGAUUGUAUAUUUCCCACCAGAUUACCGGAUCAUAUUAGUACAAGUAUUGAUAGCGGACAUGUUGUUCGCGUAUCUAGUGGACCGGCUGUGUCUCAUCCUGUUUGGCGAGGGGCUCCGGACCAAAGCCACGUAGCGCAGAGACGGCCCGUAACCAGUGUCACACGAUCGUAUUGUAACGAUAAUAUAGGCAUUAUGUGUUGUACACACGACUGCGGAAACUACCCCAAUCUGACUUCUAUAAUAGAUUUUCUAUGCGUUUUUAUACUGAGCUUUCUGUCUGCAGUGCAAUAUAGAUUUCUUUUAAGUGGCUCUUGAUUUAUGGAAGUAUCAGAAUCUUGGGAUAAAAGGUAAUCCAUAAAAAAAAAACUGGCGAAAAUGGAAGGUUUUACCAAAUCGGUCUAGUUUCGGAGCCUAUUAAACGCAAACAAUCAAUCUAAUAUUAGUUCGGUCACAAAACUUGCUUUAAAAUCAUAUUUUUUUCAUAGUCAGCUACGUGUUAUUGCACCGCUUCGUGCGACUUUCAACCAUUUUCAACCUUAUUCUAUUUGUCAUAGAAUUAAAAAUCUAAUGACAGAGUGGGGAAGCUUUGCUGGCAUUCGUACCACAGAUUAUGUAAUGAACAGAUAGAUACCUUUUUGGUCAUGCGCAUUCUUGACUACAGGGCGGUAUUAGUUACAGUUGUAAGAGGAAUAUAAUGAUUAUAGAUACGUAUAUUUUAAUAUUUUUGGUACCAUAGAACCUAUGUAAUAGACCGGUCUCGUUACAGCUAGUGCGCAUGUACAAAAAGAUAGUUUUUAAACGAAUUUUCUUAUUGUUUAGUAGAUAGAUUAAUUGUAGUAUAAUUGUUUGAUUUGCCGUAUAUUGCGGGCGUGUAGCACUGCCAAGUAUUAAAUAAAUAAAUGUUUCACACUAUUUUAAAAAAAUAUAAAGACUUGGAUGUCUUAACUACUAUUAUACAUUAUUGUAUUCCAACGAAGUAUGUUAAAUAUCAUUGUUAUAUACCUAUAUAGAGUUGGGUGUCUGGUUAUUAUGUAAUCUGUGGAUAUUUCGUGUAAAUAUCAAAAUUGUAACGUUACGUGUCUCUGUGUACCCGGACUGGGGACGGUGUAACCGCUCAAAUAUAUGUGCAUUUAAGUAUGAUGGACUAUGUGUCGACGGUAUUUAUUAUGAAAUAUAAUUGUGUAGUUAAAUGUA